AGCCGACAACAGUGCCCGUUUUCACGAGGACACACCGGUAGUCAGUCCCAAAAUGUGAAGAUGUUCGCAGAUUAGAGCUGAGUACUACAAAACGUUAUCUUAUAUAUGUUCUUAAAGAUCAACUGGUGGUGAUGGCGCGUUCAUAAAGCAGUGCUCUGGAUCAUGUUGAUGCAAAUGCAAUACAACACGUCCCGCCGCCCAAGUCUCAUCAUCUGUCGUCAGUCAACGUGGAGAUGAACAUCUUUGUCCUUCAUGACUCUCAACUAAGGUCGUCAGUGUUAGUGUUGGACACAGGUCGUCGUGACAAGCGCUAAAUCGCGUCUACUGGAAGAGGCGAUGAUCAUCUCUUAGAUAAAAUGAUGUUCGCUUUGCCACCUGCUUAAAUUUUGAACGUACAGAAUGGAGAGCGAGAGAACAUGCUGGGUGACCGUCGGGCAAUGCGGAAAUCAAAUCGGCAGGGAGUUGGCCAAGCUGCAACUACAGGUAAGCCAAUCCAAUACCGCAAAUGUUGCAUGCGCGCCAUCCGCUGUCUCCAACCGGGUGGCGGUCGACUCCGAAGCGAAGGUUCUAUUGCGAGGAACAGGAGCGACCACGACUACAGGAACAAGCGCAGCGAAACAUCCAAGCAGGACUACGGCGUCCAACGUGAUUCACGAGCACUCGGGUCGGGGAAGUAACUGGGCGCUGGGCUACACCAGUGGAAUGUAUGGCGGCUGGAGUUCAUCUACUUGUGCUUCUUUUUCUAGCGCCACCACAGCACCACCUUCCACUUCCGCGGUCCCAAUCAGAAACAACUUCAAGCAGCUGAGCACCGGUUCGGUGAACUUAGUCGAUGCCGACAGUGGCGCAGAUCGAGGUGUCGUCGCGGAUCGGCAGCGUGGAAUAAUGAGAAACAAGAUCAUGAACAGCAGCAGCGCGCACCCACAGCACACCAGCAGACGCCGGGGAGCCAGCAGCCCGACUCCGACAGGAACAAAUUUGGGCUUGCUUGAUGAUUCCAACCAAGUGAUAGGUGAAUGCGCGGCAACCAAGAACGAGCAACAUCAAAGCGCAACUGACCUGACCGAGAGUCUACUGUUCCAAGAGCCUUACCUCGUGCACGGCGUGAAGGCAAAAGUGCGGCAAGUUCUGGAAAAAUCGGACAAGCGAAUCGAGAACCUAGUCCUCCUUCAUUCCGUCGCGGGCGGAACGGGGAGCGGUCUGGGUUCGAGAUUGCUGGAGGAGUUCGCAGCAGGAGUAGAUCAUGGUAGUGUUUUCUCGCAAGCAGCCGAUGAGCAAGAUUUGAACCUGGUAUCCUGCGCAGUCCUUCCGAUAUGGUCGCAGCAUUCCGAAACCUGUCUGCAGGCGUAUAAUGCGUGUUUCUCCGCGGCUUGGAUGCAGGACUUUUGCAACGGAAAUUUACUCUUCGAAAACGAGUUUCAGCUGGAGAAGAUCCUGCAGCAACAGGGACAUCAAUUGUCUUCGCAGUUUGGGGGCAAGACGAUGACAAAUCACUCUUCCACUUCGUGUUCAACCAGCACCAGCGGCGCUUACACGCUCGUUAACCAGCAGUUCGCGGAGACCAUCAACAGCCUGAACUUCACCGAUUUUCUGACCUACGUGACCCCCAUGCCGUCGCACCACUUUGCGCACGCGUUUUCUUACCGAUUAGACCCCUUGAUUGCGAAAACCAAUGCGGAGUUGGAGCAUCGGAACUUCUUGAAGAAGCGAGUUCUCCCCCCACCGCUGGAAGUGGCGAGAAAACACUUGCUGCUACAAGUGCACGCGACGGUGUUUAACGAAAGUGUCACGCUCCUCCAGCCGGAGUGGUUUUCGACCACGUGCGACCCGGUGCCCUGGAAUCGGAGCUUUGUGCUAGAGCAGAAGCGGAGUGGGGGUCCGGGUUCUGCAGCUGGUACAGCUCCGACGAGAAGUACAACCAGGAGCACCACGAAUGCAAAUGCAAAUUCUACUACACCAGCCGCGACAAGAGGACAGGCAAAGCAGCUGUCCUCAACAACAGCAUCCACCUACCCCGAUGUGACUCUUGCCUUGAAUUGGAGUAGAACUGGGGAUCUGUUCCGGCAUUUCUUGGACCGUGCGAAGAAGAUGUACAGGGGUAGAGCGUUUUUCCACGCGUUUGAGCAGUACGGUUUUGGUCAUUGUGAAUUCGAAAACAUGUUUGAAACGGUGGAAGAACUCGUAGCCAAUUACUCACCAGAAAGGCUCUUAUAUCGACACAGAAAAGCCGCGAGGGCUUUUUUUACACCUGGAGCUCGUCCUGGCUUUUCAACAGGAAGCUCUGGUCAACUGGAGCUAUUCUCGGUGGUGUGUUGUUUUUCGUAA